ACUUGAAAAACAAGAAAACAAGAUUUUCUUACUUUGUUACUCUCCAGAGCAGAAGAGAAAAAUGAAAGGAAAAUGAAUGUUGAGUAAAAGGAUUUAAUAUUUGCUGCACUUAAGUCUAUAAUUGCACAAGAAAUCCAGAUAGAGAUUUUUCCAACUAGCUUGGGUUGUAUAGUGAAAUAUGCCAGAAAUAUACGGAGACGGCAGGGAGAUCUACAUGACAAACUACUAAAGCCCACAUGUGAUGUGGAUUUAAAGCAACAAUAUUCUAUUGACUUACACUGAAUUGUUUGAAUUCAACAAUAUUUUUGAAAGGCCAAGUAUACAGCUGGCCUGUAAAUAAGCCGUUUAUUACAGUAUCAUUGAGAAAACUGAAAAUACUACUGAAAGCCACACAGACUAGCAACAGUGAGCUUUGCUAAAUUAGGUUUAGGUCACACCUAUUGUAAUCUUGCGCAUAUUUACUUUAAAAUAGAUCCGACUGAAUUAAAUGGCAAUGAGGGAUUUCUUAAUUCGUAUGCCCAAACCUACAGGCCUAUAAGGAAGAAUGACCACAGCCAGCAAAGAAGGCAUUUCUGUUGGCCAUUCGAACCAAUUGGUUGUUUUACGUACAACAAGAUGUACAGAAAGCGAUCAGUUUAAAUGUCUCACAAGGCAUUUUUCUUUGAAUUUAGAUCAGCCCGUAAACCUCAAGACGAACAACCCCGAAACUGGAAGAAGAGCGCGGGUGGUUCCCCUGACUCCAAAACGCCCCGUUUUUCAUUGGGCGAUGGAAAUUUUUUUUUUUCGUUUUAAAUGCGAGUUGGGGAGCCUCAGAGCGAAAUACAAAGGCGAGGCCAGAUCGGCAGAAACACCAAAUUUGUGCAGCUGACCGCCAUCGCCGUUCCCAAGACACCUUUCAAAACACGGAUCUAUAAUUCGAUUAAGGGAAUCUGGGCCAAUGAGGAUUCGUCACAUUUCUUUAAAAAAAAAAUCGGAAGAUCCGAUUUUAUAGGCGGCGGCUCCUCCCCACCCCACAUCGGGCCUAACUUGCCCUGCAGGUGGCGGAAACCGGAACCAUUUGGACCCGGAACUGGUCGAAAGAGGGAACGAAGAAGCGGCGGUAGGAGACUCUUUUUUUGUCCUCCGCCGCAGGUCACGGCUCCUUCUUCCGCUGCCCCCUCCCGCGGCGGAGCCCGGUGCGGCUGCAGCAUGGCGGACACGACCUCCCAGGUGCUGCUGGGCUCCGGCCUCACGGUGCUCUCGCAGCCGCUUAUGUACGUGAAGGUGCUAGUGCAGAUGGGAUAUGAACCCCUCCCUCCAACUCUGGGAAGAAAUAUUUUUGGUCGGCAAGUCUAUCAACUGCCUGGUCUCUUUGCUUAUGCAAAACACAUUAUGAAGAUUGAUGGGAGGGCUGGACUCUUCAAAGGUUUGGCUCCUAGACUCUGCUCAGGAGCCAUUGGCACUGUAGUACACAGUAAAGUUUUACAGCAAUGCCAGAAUGCUGACCAAAGUGAGGAAUUAGGGAAUACUUGCAAAGAAUCUGGAUCCUCUCUGGAUCAAGUCAUUAAGGAGACCUCUCAAGAGAUGAUUGCACGUUCUGCUGCUACACUAGUCACCCACCCAUUUCAUGUGAUCACCUUGAGGUGUAUGGUGCAAUUCAUUGGCAGAGAGACUAAGUACAGCGGAGUGUUUAGCUCUUUCGUCACCAUUUACCAGGAAGAGGGCAUCUUUGGAUUUUUUGCGGGCCUGAUUCCUCGCCUUCUUGGAGACAUCCUGUCCUUGUGGCUUUGUAAUAUACUGGCCUACCUCAUCAAUACUUAUGCACUGGAGAAUGGGGUCUCCACCAUGACUGAGAUGAAGGGUUACUCUCAGGCUGUCACUGGAUUCUUUACCAGUAUGCUAACCUACCCCUUCGUACUUGUUUCAAACCUGAUGGCCGUUAAUAGCUGUGGGCUCGCUGCUGGCCUCCCACCUUAUGCACCAGCGUACACCUCCUGGUUACAUUGCUGGAGCCAGCUGCAUCGGGAGGGCAACAUGAGCCGAGGCAACAGCCUGUUUUUCCGGAAGGUGCCUGCAGGAAAACGAUACGUGUGGGAAGAGAAGAGAUUUCAAUGAGUCCACAGCCUUUUGUGGCUGCUCCAGAUACACAGAAUGAUGGCAGUGUGUUGAUUUCUAUACAGUUUUUUUAAAAAUAAUCAUUUAACCUUGGGAAAUGGACUUGACUGUGAGCAUGACUUAAUGACAAAAGUAAAAGGGGAAAUCCUGUUCCCACCUCUGAAACAUUGGGGUAAUUGCCAAAAAGCUGCCACACUUGGCGGGCGGGGGGUGGGGUGGGGAUUGGAGGCUUGUGAAUAGGGAUAUUUUUUUAACUUUCUCCAGAGAAAAACAUCUGUGUCGGGAACACUCUCGCCCCCUCAUGUUCUUGCUAUACUACCAGGUAUUACUGCGACUUGGGGGCAAAGCUAUAGAAACAAGCUGCUGGUGGAACGAGGUGGGUUCUGUUUGGCUUGUGCCUUUUAUUUGCAGCUUCUAGAUCAGUUUGGGGAAUGUGGACCAAUUCUUUUUUCCUUACCCAGGGACACAGUCCUUUCUCAGUCUUCAUUCUUUCAAACUUAUUGUUAAACUUCGCUUUAGUUAAGCCCAGAAGAUGAGUCUUCUUGUCUAUACAAGAAGGUUCAGCGUUACCAAGAAGCAGCCAGAGCCUGUGUUCGGCCACUGAGCAGAUUCAGAAAACAUCUUUCACUUUUUCUGCAAAAUGAUUGAGGGAGCUUUACUCUUGAUGCCCAUUGAAAGGAGAUGCCGUUUUCAAUAGAUCACAGUAUGAAAAUUAAGAAAUUUUCUUCCAGAGACAACACAAAUGUUUAAAAAAGGAAGAUCUGUUGUUAUGGAGAGAAAGCUGCCUCACUUGUUUUUCUCCCAUUCUGCCCACAAAUAAUCCUAUAGAGGGAUAGCUUUACUCUAAAUUGAAUUCUGUGCAAUAUUUCAGUCAAAAGCCUUUCAUCUGGCAUUCAUGUGGACGCUCUAAAUAAAUAAGCAUCUUUUGAUGGUGACUAUUCUGCCACAGGAUGGAAAGGUACGAAGUAGGAUACUUUGGGUACAUGAGAUUCCAGAAGAGGUGAGGUUACCCUUAUAGUUGUGCCUGGAAAAUAAUGCUGUUCAAAAAUGUGAUCAUGAAACUUACUGGCAGUGCAGAAUGUUAUGGGAUUAAUUCAAUAUGUCCUUAAAAUUCUAUUAGAAUUUUAUAAUGUCAAUAAAGCUAUAAGUGUUUCUGGAGGACAUAACUGAUAUACAUUUGUAAUAUGGUCCUACCAGCUACCCAAUGAGAUAGACCAUAAAUUUGGUCCCAUGUCUUCAUCUUGUAUUAUCUGUGUUACUAUCUGGUAGAACAAGAGCUUUUUCUGUCCCUUUUUAUGAUUUUUAAAAAAGAGAAGAUUAUCCAUAUUUGACCAUGCCACAGUCCCCAAAGGAGUUCUAAAUAGGUUGGGCAUUUAGAUUGUGAGCUAUCAGAUUCUAAAGUUUGUUGCCUCCAUAUAGUUUGAAUGUAAAAUCAUAAUUAUGACCAGCAAUUCAGCAAGGGUUACAUUUCCAAACGCCUGCUCUUUACAGUCCCUCUAAAUGGGAUUUAAGGUGGUUUUAUUUUAUUUUGGGAUUAGAACAGGUUAGCUGUUUUUGGCAUAUGGACAAAUUAACUCAUGGUGUGUUACAUUGAUGAAAUGAGGAAUGCAGAAACAGUAAAUAUUUAAAUACUUGUGAAUUCUGCUAAUGACUGCUGGCAUGCUAGGAUGUACUUGGGCAAGAUGCUUAGAAUUUGAAGGGGUUUAAGAGCUUCAAGAAUUAAGCUAGAGGCUUAAAGCCCUACUCAGGAAUAUAUCUUUCUGGUAAACUCUUGACAACUGAAUGUGCUCUCCAGACCUUGUGGUAUAUGAUAGUCCUUGACUCCUAUAAGAGUCUGGAGCUUUAUGGCUUUGUUUAAAUAGCCCAAACCCAUGUAUGAUGCUUAAAACUAGUGACUUUAUUCUUCUCACUGAUAAAAUGAGAAAUGGUUCUUCAGUUAUUCUUAAA